CCGGAAGAAGUGCGGGACAGUGACAUGGAGGUAAAUACAGCAUGGAUUGUGAAAUCAACAACUGCUUUAUUGAUAUCGCUGGAUUUUUGGACAAUUUGGAGUCGGAUGGACGUUAUCAACGGAUCGAAAACAGCCUAAAGGAGUUGACAAACCAAUUCAAAGACGCAUCAUUGAGGGAGAAAGUAAACAAGAAUCAUGUGGAAACUAUAGGACAAGUUUUAUUUAGGUGCAAUGAGAGUCAUGAUAACGACCUGCAAUCAGAAGUCAUCUGCUGUACAACAGAGUGUUUCCGCACGCUACGAAAUGCAUGUGCUGGAUCUAAGAACAAUCAGGACCUUGUCAUUAAAUCAUCUCCUAGCUGCCUAGACUGUUGUGAGACCACAAUUACUCAAUGUCUUCAAGAACAAACAAAUUCUCUCACCAAGAUCACUGCAAACAGAUUGGUAUUGCUUAGGUGUUGUGUCCAGUUUUUAGGAAAUUUAGCAGCUGGACAUCAGGGAAACAGUCAACAAGUUUGGAAACAGCUUUCCAGUAGUUUUAGGUGUCUGUUAAAUGUGGAGGACGACAAACUCACUCAGUAUGUGUGUAUGGCCAUUCACACCUGUCUCCAGGGUGGUGGGGAGGAGUGGUCAUCAAAGCUUGGGGCAGACCUGGACUUCCAACAGAUUUUAUGUCACAUCCUCGGUAUAGUGACCGCCACAGAUGUGGAAUGGGGGAUGUACGUACUGGAGGACGCCAUGACGAUCAAGGGUGUUCUGGAAGUUAUUGAUCAACAGGAAUCGGAAAAAGAAAAGAUAUUUGCCCUAGAAGUGAUGCUGAACCAGCUCAGAUGCAUGUCCGAAUCGGAGGAGCCGAGGAAUGGAGCCCUGGAGGUGUGUGUAGAGAAUGUCCAGUACCUCAGUAAACAGGUGGUCAGCAAUGCUUACAACAUCCUGAUUUUGGCCAGUCAGGACACUCAAAUGACCAAUACUCUACAUCCGGAAGUGAUAGUGAAGCAAAUAGAGGCCCUAGGUGAAGCAACGUCGAACCAUACCAUAUAUGGUAUUCUCCAAGAAGAUGCCGAUCUCCUCACAUCAGCAGUGUAUCUGCUUGAAGCUAUCCACAAGUUAGGCAAGGACAGUAGCAAUGAUUUCAGCAGCGUGGCGAAGCUGGCCUCGGACGACGUGGACACUGACCACCCUGUGUUUGGCCUGAGGAAGGAUCUGGUCAGACUAAUUGGCAAUUUAUGUUUCCGACACAGACCGAACCAGCAGCGGGCUGCUAACCUCAACGCCUUACCUUUAAUAAUGGACCAAACCAACAUCGACAAGAAAAAUCCGUAUAUUACGCAGUGGGCAAUUCUGGCUGUGCGGAACCUCUGUGAGGAGUGUCCUGAUAAUAAAGCGGUUCUCGCAGGAUUGAAAAAGCAAGGAUUGGCGGACAACUCUGCCGUACUCCGGGAACUAGGCAUGGACGCAGAAAUCAAGGACAACAAGAUAUACGUGAAACCCCCAAGUAAAGGAGGGCAGGGAUAGUGUUUGGGGAGGGCAGGGAUAGUGUUUGGGGAGGGCGGGGAUA